ACCCCUCUGCUGAAGUAACUAGAGUCUUCCCCAAGCUCUCUCUACUCUCUAGGGUUUAUCUUCUCCUCCUAAAACCCUCCCCAAUUUCCAACACAAUGCGCCGAAACGACGACGUUCGCUUCAUUUCCUUCCCUUCUCUCAAACUCCCCCACUCUCCUCCUCCGCCGCGAUUCGACCUCCGCUCCCUCUUCUCCAACAACUCGCUGAGUCAACUCAUCGACUCGAUCAAGGCUCGCUCGCAACGGCCCCAGACCCGGUCCGCCGACUCGAAUCGGCCGGUUCUGUGCUCGGCGACGCUGUCCCUGACUCGGUCCGGCGACUCGGCCGAGUCCAAGUCCGACCGGAGCUGGCUGGUCAGGAAGUCGCCGCUUCUGUGCUCGGCUUCGUUGUCGCUGAGUCGGUCCGACGAGUCGACUCGGUCUGGAUCGGAGGAGAGGGUUCUGAUAAGCGAGGUGCUGAUAAGGAACAAGGACGGCGAGGAGUUGGAGAGGAAGGACCUGGAAUUGGAGGCCUUGGGGGCACUCAAGGCUUGCCGAGCAAACUCGGCACUCACUGUGCGUGAGGUCCAGGAAGACGUGCAUAGGAUCAUUGAUAGUGGCUAUUUCUGCCAAUGUAUGCCUGUGGCCAUUGAUACAAGGGAUGGUAUCAGAUUGAUCUUUCAGGUAAAACCGAACCAGGAAUUCCAAGGGCUAGUAUGUGAAGGGGCAAAUGUUCUUCCUGCCAAGUUUCUUAAGGAUGCAUUUUAUGAUGGAUAUGGAAAAGUUAUUAAUCUUAAGCGUUUGAAUGAAGUAAUCACUUCCAUCAAUGAUUGGUACAUGGAUCGGGGACUUUUUGCCAUGGUUUCAGCUGUUGAGGUUCUAUCAGGAGGUAUUCUUAAGUUACAAGUUUCAGAAACUGAAGUCAAUAACAUCGCCAUACGGUUCCUUGACAGGAAGACGGGUGAGCCAACUAUCGGGAAGACAAAGCCAGAGACCAUACUUCGCCAACUCACAACUAAAAAAGGACAGGUCUACAGUAUGCUUCAAGGAAAGAGAGAUGUGGAAACGGUAUUGACUAUGGGGCUUAUGGAAGAUGUUAGCAUUAUUCCCCAACCAGCAGACAGUGGUAAGGUUGAUAUUACAAUGAACGUCGUUGAGCGGCCAAGUGGAGGUUUUUCUGCUGGUGGUGGUAUAUCAAGUGGAAUAACAAGUGGCCCUCUGUCAGGACUCAUUGGAAGCUUUGCCUAUUCUCAUAGAAAUCUCUUUGGAAGAAACCAAAAGCUGCAUGUUUCUUUAGAGAGGGGCCAGAUAGACUCUUUAUUUCGUAUAAACUACUCAGAUCCAUGGAUUUCAGGGGAUGAUAUGAGGACGUCCCGGACAAUAAUGGUUCAGAAUUCAAGGACCCCUGGCACACUUAUCCAUGGUAACCAACUUGAUGGUAGCAACUUGACCAUUGGUCGCAUCUCGGCUGGUAUUGAUUACAGCCGUCCAAUUAGGCCAAAGUGGAGCGGAACGGCUGGGCUUACCUUUCAGCAUGCUGGUGCUCGUGAUGAAAAAGGAAGUCCUAUUAUCAAGGAUUUCUUCAGCAGUCCCCUAACUGCAAGUGGUAAUAGCUAUGAUGAUAUGCUGCUUGCUAAACUUGAGACUGUCUACACAGGUUCUGGUGACAGUGGGUCUUCAAUGUUGAAAUUCAACAUGGAACAAGGACUUCCAGUUUUGCCUGAUUGGUUGUUUUUCAACAGAAUGAACGCUCGUGCCAGGAAAGAUCUAGAAAUUGGCCCUACUCACCUUCUUUUUAGCGUAUCUGGUGGCCAUGUGGUUGGUAACUUCCCACCACAUGAAGCAUUUGUCAUUGGUGGAACAAAUAGUGUAAGAGGUUAUGAAGAGGGUGCUGUGGGUUCUGGUAGAUCAUAUGCAGUUGGCUCUGGAGAAAUUUCUUUCCCCCUGUUGGGGCCAGUUGGGGGAGUUAUUUUUGCUGACUAUGGCACAGAUCUUGCAUCAGGUCCAACCGUUCCUGGUGAUCCUGCGGGAGCAAGGCUGAAGCCUGGAAGUGGGUAUGGAUAUGGGUUGGGCAUCAGAUUGGACUCACCUUUGGGACCGCUUCGUCUUGAAUAUGCAUUUAACGAUAAGGGUACACCGAGAUUUCACUUUGGGGUCGGACACCGGAACUAGAUCCUUGUAUGUUUUUUUCUUUCAUUUUUGGUCAUGUUGUACAUGCCUUGCAAUUGAUAGGAAAGGCUUUCACCCCUUCAAACUAUUGAUUCAUCAGAUUGCCUUCAUCUUAUCCUCCAUCAAUGGGUAGAAAUAGUCACAAACUCGCAUAUUCCUUUCGAAUUAUCUAGCUGAGACUCUUGAGUCGCUUGUAAA